AUGAACUUCGAAGACAUCUUUCGCAUUGAUCCUAACUCCGUGGUUCUUGUCUUGGGGACCUUAGUGGUAAUAUACAUUCUGCUUGAGAUCAGAGCAAGGAGGUUGAAUCCAUCCCGGUUACCAGUUUUCAACGAUCGAAAAUGGUUUGAAUUUGGCUACGGCAAAGCAACCAAGCGGUAUAUCUCCGAUCCAGAGGGUAUGCUAAGGUCCGGAUUUCAACAUGGCGCAGAUGCAUUUUAUUUGUGCACCGAAGCACAUUUCCGCUUGAUAUUGAGUCCGAAAUAUGCCGAUGUAAUUGGCGCUGAUGAGAGGUUCGAUCUGGGGAAGUUCGUGGGUGAGGACUUCCACGAAGGAAUACCGGGGUUUGAGCCAAUUGCAAACAUUGCAUUGGAUUCGAAGGUCUUACAACUUGCUGUGAAGACAAAACUAGCACGCCAGACUCCCAAGCUAGUCAGUCCAUUAUCCGAAGAAGCUGGGCUAGCCCUAGAACGUCAUUUGACCAAUGAAUCUGAGUGGCACCAAGUCUACCUGAGAGAGACAUCAAGUCGCAUUGUGGGUCAAAUUGUAUCCCGAGUAUUUCUUGGUGAUAAAGACCUCUGUCGGGACCCAGCCUGGUUGGAAAUCAUGCAUGAAUUCCUGGAAAACACGUUUAUUGCCGCUCAUCAUCUACGCCGAUGGCCGAUUCCAAUGAGACUUAUUGCUUCCCGGUUUAUGCCAAGCUGUCAGAAGGUUCGGGUACAGCUACAUAGAGUCAUGAAAUACCUUGAGCCUCUGCUUUACAAAAAGAUCGACCCUGAAACGGAGACGAGUGCGCUUAUCUGGAUCAAGGAGGCGAGCAAAGGUUGCGCAUAUGACUUUGCUACGCUGCAACUCACGCUUUCGCUUGCCUCGCUAGAUACAUCUACUGACCUACUUGCAAAGGUCCUUUGUGAUCUCUCCGAAAAUCCAACUUUGGUGAAUGACAUUCGAAAAGAAAUCAUUGAGAUUGUGGGGACAGAGGGACUGACCCAAGCAUCCAUUCAACGAUUGUACCUUUUGGAUAGUGCAAUGAAGGAAUCUCAGAGACUCAGACCACUCGGAUAUAGCAACAUGGAGCGACUCGCAAAAGAAACAGUUGUUCUACCUGACGGUCUAAUUAUCCCAAAGGGAACGGCUAUCAUGGUAUCGGCAUGCCACAUGAUGGAUUCCUCAGUCUGGCCGAAUGGAGACACAUAUGAUGGCUACCGAUUUGCAAACUUGCGCAAUAACGCGAAGAACUCUUUGACAAGCCCCUACCAACUUACAUCAACAAGCAAAGAUCAUAUGGGUUUUGGGCACGGAAAACAAGCAUGUCCUGGAAGACACUACGCCGCAAUUUUUAACAAAAUUGCCUUGUGCCAUAUCAUAAUGAAAUAUGAUUUCAAUGUGACUUUGCCGGAGGAAGGUCGCGUUGAGCUGCGUGGACAUAACAUUUUACCCCACUCAGGCAUCAAAAUGAGCAUACGACGGAGACAAGAAGAAGAAAUCUCUUUUUAA